AGCCUUUAUUCGCGUGCAUGACUCCAGCGGUACACUGCAGAAAACCGAGCAGGGGAAGUGAUUUCUGUUCUGGUUCUGGUUGCAGCUGCUGAGCCCCGCGGGGCUUCGUCUCCCUGCUGCCCGCCUCGGCUCGCAUUUAACCGCCGGACGUUUUUAUUUGUGCUGUUUUGACGGGACAGAAGUCUCAACGUUAGCUGCUGGAAGCUAACAGGCUAGCCGUGGUUUAGCAUUCAUGUUAGCAUGCACCCAGCAGGAAUCAGCAGCUAUGUGACUAGCUGGCCAGUUAUCUGCCCCUCUUAUCGAUAAUCCCCGUCAUGUCAGAUAUGCGAGGCUGCAGAUCCACGGACAUGAUGUUCAGUAACGCAGCUAUGCUUCUAUUAUUGUGCUGUUCACACCGCUCGGCUGCUCAGCUGGUGCAGAUCAGGACUCGUGGCUUGUUUGGAUUUGAGUAAACAAAGUUGCUGACCAGGAGCGAUAUGCAUCCGAAAACAGUCGAGUGUCACCGUGCUGGCUGAAUCAGGGCCGCUUUAUUGUGCUGGUGCCACAUCAGAUCAGAGACGGAUUUACACCUGGAUUGCAUUGCCAGCCGCGUGUGUGGGAGAAAAAGAAAGGGGACACCUGUGAAGGUGUGUGACCGAGCGUAUGUAACAGAAGAUGAGGAGGAGGAGAGCAUGUCUGAACACAGCUUCAGCCCUGGAGAUAGCCAGUAUCCAGAGGGUGCAGAAGACCGCCUCCCUCCUCCUGGCAGUCCCUACUACCUGCCUGACCCCACUCAGCUCUGCGUGCCAGAGUUGGGGGAGGAAGGAGGGAGUGGCGUUCGGGGACCUGUGCUCUUCCAUCCACCACCCAACUGCCGGAUUCGCGAAGUCCACUGUGGGACCCAGGUGCGGCUGGUUGUCAUAGCAAUCCGAGACAUCGCAAAAGGGGAGGAGAUCACGGUGGACUACAGCCUGACGGACUGGGGCGAGAAUGCAAUGGAGGAAGAGGCUGGCCCCCACCCCCUUUCCCUCUCAGUUUCUGAUUACCUUACCCCCUCGUGGUCACUAUCUCCCUCAUCCUCCCCACUCACGCACUCUGAGCCCAGUGACUCGGAUCGUGAAGAGGAUGAAGAAGAGGAGGACGAUGAUGAUGACGACGAUGACGAAGAAGAGGAGAUUGAGGAGAUAAGGGGUCGAAUGCUACGACGCCGUAAGAAGCGCAAGCUGCCCGCUGUGGUGAACUCAAAGAAGAAGACCGCACCCACCUCCACCAGAGGACCGGGGCGUCCCUGCUCAUCUUUUACCCGCCCUGCACCCGUCGCAUCCCCAGCCAGAUCCCAGUCCCAGUCCUCAGUCAGCUCCUUGGCACCGCCGACCACCAACAUCAACAACAACAUUAACAUAAACAUUGGCAGCUCAAGCGGCACCACAGUGAGCCGGCGGCAGCACUGCCCAUACUGCGGCCGCCACUAUCGCUCUCUGGCGCGCCACCUGGAGAAGCACCACGCCAACCAGCCAGAGGUCAGAACUGCCAUGGAGCUGGCACACCUGCACACGCAAAACCCUUCAAAUGGUAGCGCCGCACACCCUCACCCCUCCCCGUCGUCGUCCUCCUCCACCUCCGCCCCUCACAGCCAUUCCUUUGCUGUCCCUCAGCCUUCAGCCUCCAACGCCGCUCCACCCUCUCUCUUCUCCAGGGAGAGGGAAUCGCCAGCUACUCGCUCAAGCACAGGUGGCGUCUCGUUCUCCCUCUCACUUUCACCGCCUGCUUCCACACAGCCUGUAGCCACUAAGAAGGGGCCUAGUUUACCACUGCCCGCCACAAAACGCCCCACACCCCCGAUGGUGUCACGAGUUAAGAGUCCGUCACCGCCUCCUCCAACUCCACCUAGAAGGGGUCGGAGGAUGAAGAAAGAAAAGCAUGAAGAGCAGCAAAAGGUGGAGGUGGAGAGCUCAAGAAGUCAAGAGGAGCUUGUCCCACCUCCUACUCCAGAGCCAGACGUAGAUCCAGAUGAAGAUCUAGAGCUGAGUGGAGAAGGAGAAGAAGAUGCACCCGAGGAGAAGAAUGGAGAGAUUGUAAGACAUCACAUUUCCCCGCUGCUCUCUUCCCUCUCCUGUUUGGUCCUCUACCUCCGCCGCCAGCAGCACUCCUCAUUCCUCUCUCUAACCCGUUCUCCCCACUCUGCCGAGGCCUGGCGCCUGCUCUGCCACUCCAGUCUCUCCCUGCUCAUCCUCUACAAUCGCCACCGGGAAUGUGAGGUGGCCAAACUCACUAUCCAGGACUACCGCAACCGUAUCACCCCCCAGGCCAGCGUUAGCAACAGCCCCCCAUCUGGCAUGGAAGCCCUUCUGUCUCCCUUUGAGCGCCAGGUCCUCUCUCACCUCCCGCGGGCUGGUGUUCUGGGCAAGCGUGGUCGCGUCCAGCCGCUUAUUUUCCCACCACACUGUGAGUCUUGCCUGGACCUGCUCCUUCAAACCAGCCCCAAUGUGGGUGUGGACCCAGAGAGCCCCUACAUCUUCUCUCGGCCCUACCACUCUCCUGCCACCCCACUCCGAGGCACAGACCUUCUUAGAAACCUGGCACGAACCAGCGGGGCUAAAAACCCUGGAGCACUGACAGCAACACGUGUUCGGCGGCAGGUAGCGAUACUUACACAGCUGCUACUGUUGGAGGAGGGUGAGACCCAGGGUGGGGCUACCAAACGGCUGGAGGACUUCCUGGAACGGGAGUAUCAUGUGACCCAGAACUGCUCCGCAAUUCUACGGGAUCCAGCACUGAUGGGUCGUGUGGGUCGUGUUGUUCUUUAUGGAGAGAGGGAGGGCGUGCUUUUCCGAGGGAUGAGCCUGCAGCACAUCUGCCUCGAGUUGGAUGUAAUGUCUGGCAAUUCGGCAGACUCCUUUUCAGAAGAUUCGGAGGUCGAGGAAGAAAAGGAGGAAGUUAAAGAGAAAGCUGAGGUGAUGGUGAAGAAGAAAGGACCAGGACGACCGCCACGGAAGCGGAGAGCACCUGCUCCUGCUCCAGUCAGCCCAUCAAUACCCAAUGUUCAUAAGAGGAGAUGUAUUCCACCAAAAUCAGGGAAGCGCGGAGUGCUGAAGCGUCCCUGGUCGGAGGCGGAGCGUGUAGCAGUGGAGACUCACCUAAAGAGAAACCUCAUGGAGCUGCGAGUCCCUGCGAAGGCUGACUGCGAGCGCUGCCUCGAACUCUGCCCUCUGCUGGUGAGCAACCAGCGAGACUGGAGGGCCAUCAAGUUUUAUGUCCACAACCGUAUCCAGCUGCUGAAAAAGCAGGGGAGGAGGGAAAGUGCUGCCUCAGUCUGCUAGGGCAUAAAAAAAAUUUAAAAAAAAAAAUUUAAAAAAACAGACGUGGCAGAGGACACAUACCAUAAUGUAUAAACCACCAGCAAUCAUAAUGAAGGGAAAAAGUAUUGGGCCAUGGUGGUGUGCAGCUUCUCUUUUUCUGUUCUUUCAUGGAAGCAGUACCUGAUGUUAGGUAUCAUCAUGAGUGAGAAGUGUAAUCAAAAUAAGAUCCAGUUAAAAAUCUUUCAUACUCAGUGUUUGGGAUAGCCAGUGUCUGUAUUCCAGAUGUUUUUUUAAGCGGUUGGACAAAACGAUCUCAAAGUGUGAAUAUAAGUUCAGACACAGUGAAUGCUUCUUUUUGUUUGUUUGUUUGUUUGUUUUUUUUUGUUUUUUAAGAUACAUUUUUGUGUCAUCUUUUUAUUUUAUUAGAUAGAUGACAGGGGAGAGGAGGUAAAGCAGAGGGAAGGUGAUGUAUAACAAAGUCAACAAAUGUUCCUGGAGUGAUUUGCAAUCUAGGAAGUGGCAGUAUGCACUUUAGGCCACCAGGACAUGCUACAACAAAUGACCCUUGGUCUAGUGUUUACUUCCAUUGAAGGCUGAUGACCAAACAUGAAUGUGUAAAGCUUUGGAGAAGAAACCAAUGGUUCUCAUCUUUAAAAAAAACUGAUCGAAUUUGUCUUCAGGACUAAGACAUGUAUGAACUUGUAUAGUUUGUGUUUGAUAUUGACUGGCAUUAUACCCCCAACCCAUUCCCCCCCCAACUGACGAGUUUAUUAAACAGUAUUCUCAGUGUUGGACCAUGAUGCACCUGUGAAGUGGUUCUUGCAUAUCCCUUAUACCAUGAUCAUAGUCAGACUAUUAUGUAUCAAGGCACGCCUACUUGAAUUUAUUGCGUAUCAGAAUUAAAAAAAAAAGUUUAUUACAUAUGGUCUUAUUUGCAAUGUAAAUACUUCCUAAUCUGUGAGAAGUAUACAGUAGUGAUGACAAAGUUAGUAUUGUGUUAUGAUGUAUAUACUGUAAAUACUACCUGUACUUAUUAAAGUGUAUGACAUUU